AUGAGUGAAAAGCGUGAGAAACAUCAUAAGCGACAAGCAAUUCGGAGAAGCUGGGAUAGCUUCUGGGGGAAGAACCGGAGGUCAUCUUCGGGUUUUUCGAUUCCUACAACGACUCAAGAUGACUAUCUUGGUCCGCCAACAAAUCAUUUAUCGGUCCGGUCUGUCUCGCAGAUUUCAACCGCCGAGCUUUCAACUGGGACGACCGUACUAGGAGAUUCCCCAGUACUACCAUCAACUGUGGAAGCUGAAGCCCCACCGGAGAGCCCUAAAUCCACCACGAAGUCCACCGAGACCGAGACCAUAUCGCUCUGGGACAAGGCAUAUGACAACCUGAAAGAGAAGAACGGAGAAUUGGUCUCAAGUUAUGAAGAACUGCUGUCUCGAGCACUCGUUCAUGGUAAGAACUAUUCGAGCUUUUCGUUCAGUUGCGGGGGUGAAGAAGUACCAUGCGAAAAUGAGAUCCCACAAGACAAUAUUGCGGAGCGACGUGAAAAGCUCAGGGAAAUCAUUGAGCUUGGUCUAAAGCACAUGAAGGACAACAAGCUGAGCACAACUGUCCUGGGACAUAAGAUCGUUUUGGAUGAUGCCUUGGCUAGUACAGCGAAGGCUGUUGAUUGGGCUGCGGAGUAUGUCAAUGACGCAAUUCAAGAUGUUCCGUACGGCCCUGCUGUAAUGGCAGGCAUUUCGCUCCUAUUGCCGCUUCUGAGGAAUCCCGCGAUGGUUGAAGAAGCCAAUCGUGAGGGUCUUGUUUACGUCACUUCCCAAAUGAAAUUCUACAAUGCAAUGGAAACUCAACUGCUCAUAAUUCAUCCUGCCACAAGAUCCGACCUCCUUGAGCGCUUGGAGGAGCUAUACUGCCUCGUGAUCGAAUUCCAGAUGGAGAGCGUGAUCAGGUUCUAUCGCAAGCGAACAAAGAACUAUCUCAAUGCGAUUGUUGACUGUGACCAUUGGGAGGAGAAAAGAUCUCACAUUGAGAAAGAGGAGAACAGCAUGCAGCGAAAGUUGGAAACUACCCUGUCACUUGAGAAGUCUAGAUACCUGAAGGAACUCCUCCAAGAAGCGAAGGAGUCGCGGCAGGAUCUGACUAAAAUUGUUCUUAGCAUUCUUGACGUGACUCAGCGUAUGGAGCGACGCCUUUCCACUAGCGAGCACCGGGAAUGUGUGAAGGAACUCGGUGCAAGCGAUCCCUGCGAUGAUAAGACGCGCAUUGAAGAGCAGAAGGGCGGACUUAUUUGGGAUGAGCCAACCUUCAAGUGGAUUCUGGAUAAUCCGGACUACCAGAGAUGGCUCGAAAGCGACCAGGAGCACCUAUUCUGGAUCAAGGGUGACCCCGGCAAAGGAAAAACCAUGCUAAUGUGCGGUAUCAUCAAUGAACUGAUCAAGACUGUUCGCGAAAAGGGGAAUGUGGUAUACUUUUUCUGCCAAGAAAGCGAUAGACGGAUCAAUAGCGCCGCAGCUGUAGCACGCGGUCUGAUUUACAUGCUUGUCAAACAGCAAAGAGCAAUGUUCUCACAUCUGCAGCAGCCUUUCAAUGACUCUAAACGAUUCGACGACGCCAAUGCGUGGACAGCCUUGUGCAAGAUUCUUAAGUCUAUUCUUGAUGACCCGAAUCUUGGCACCACCUACCUCGUUGUGGAUGGUCUGGAUGAGUGUGUGGAUAACUUAAAUGGUCUACUGGAUCUUAUCGCAUAUUCAUCAUGCGGGAAUUCAAAGGUCAAGUGGGUUGUCUCCAGUCGCAACUGGGUCCACAUGAAGAAAAAACGCAACCAGGCAAUGUCCCCGAGUGUUCUUUCCUUAGAUUUGAACACUCAAGAGGUCAGGACCGCAGUUGAAAGAUUCAUCAAGCUCAGAGUUCAAGAUUUACCCUUCAAAGAGAGUACUCGAUCUAUCAUCAGCCACAACCUGUCGGAGCGCGCUGAGGAUACCUUCCUCUGGGCGGCAUUAGUUUGCUUGGAGCUUGAGAAUGUAAAGGAUUUGGAGGCUCAAGAGAUCUCAAGCAAAUUCCCUAAGGAUCUGAAUUCCUUGUAUAAUCUCAUGGUGAAGAAAAUUGAUCAAUUACGACCACAGCGUAAAGGAGUGUGCUAUCAAGUCCUUUCAACCGUCUCGCUUGCUUACCACCCACUUACCUUGAGUGAGCUUGCAAUUCUUUCCGAUUUCGGAACUGCGACCCCAGAUGAAGGAGAUAUAAAGGACAUCUUGGAGGAAUGCGGCUCGUUUUUAGCCCAGCAGGAGGAGCGCCCAGUCUAUUUUGUUCAUCAGACAGCAAAGGAAUUUAUGAUGAAAGAGCGACACGACGAGAUGUUCGAGACCGGAGAGGAGAAUCGCCACCAUUCCCUAUUCUCCCAAUCGAUGAAAGCCAUAUCUAGCAAAUUGCGACGUGAUGUCUGUAGUCUCAAAGAUCCUGGAUAUUCCAUUGGUGAGACUGAGCUACCAAAAUCUAGCGAACUGACCGCGGUUCAAUACUCUUGUCUCUACUGGGUGGACCAUUUGAUCGCCGGCGGCCCCCAUGAGGAAGAUCUUGAAGAGGGUGGUUUGAUCGACAAAUUCCUAAAACAAGACUAUCUUCACUGGCUUGAGGCCCUCAGCCUUAUGAGAAGCAUAUCACUUGGGGCAUUAAAGAUGCUAAAGCUAGAGACCUUCCUUACAACAUUGAAGAUCUCCAGCUCUUUGAUGAGCCGUCUUCGCGAUGCAUGCCAGUUCAUCCAGCAUCACAAGUCAAUUAUCGAGCAAAGUCCACUCCAGGUGUAUGCCUCUGCACUGGUAUUCAGUCCUGUCAACAGUAUGAUUCGACGCGAAUUUGCUGCUGAAGAGUCUGAGUGGAUUAGCGAGAAACCAUUGAUGAGUGACACUUGGAGUAGCUGUUUGUUGACACUCGAAGGUCACGAUGGCUCUGUUCAAUCUGUGGCAUGGGGUCCAAAUGGCCAGGUUGUUUCAGCAUGCUAUGAUGGCACGGCCCGACUAUGGGACCCCUCCACAGGCCUGUGUACCCGCAUAUUCAAGAGUGACGGAGUUCCAAUCUCAUCCGUCAAAUGGAAAUCGAAUAAUAUGCUCGCGACAGUUUCUGCUGAUGGGACUAUCAGACUCUGGAAUACUCUCGGCCAGUGCGUGUUGAGUCGCAGAAGUCAAAGUAUAUUGGAGCCUGCAUUCAAACAUUUCCCAACAUUGAACGGAAAACGUGUUGUUAGACUUGAAAGAAGACUUCAAGUGUGCAACCUCAAGGAGUCCCUUGAAUCCUUUGCUUCAGCAGCCUGGUCCGAUGAGGAUCAGCUGGCACUGGCUGGGAUGAACGGCAAUGUUCAUGUUUGGAAGUACAUUCGUGACGCACAUUCCUUGGAGCUCACCGGUCACGAAGCACCGGUCUAUUCCAUGGCCUGGUCCAGUGGUGGCCUGCUUGCAACAGCGGACAAUAACGGGACUAUCAAGAUCUGGAAUUUGAAAACUCCUCUGCCCGUGCAGACUAUUUUUGCUCAUCGGAAAUUGGUUUAUGCAGUAGCUUGGUCACACGAUGGCUCAAGUUUAGCUUCUGUUUCAACAGAUAGCACAAUCAAAAUCUGGAGCACCAAAACAGGCCUGUGUACUGCCACGCUGGAUGGACAAAGCACGUGGAUCCGUGCACUCGCAUGGUCUGCAGAUGGCAGACUUGCAAGUGGAGAUGACGAAACAAUCAACAUCUGGGAUCCCGUCACCUCUGAAUGUCUUUCCAGGCUGGAAGGUCAUGGUCAUCAAGUCUGGUCUUUAUCAUGGUCAGCCGAUAGCACUCGCCUUGUCUCUGCAUCUCGCGACAAGUCAAUCAAGAUCUGGGAUGUAUCCAGACGCGAAGAUUCUUUCGUACCACAGGGCCAUAGCCGCGCCGUUAACGCGGUGGUCUGGUCGGCAGAUAAGACUAAGUUGGCAUCAGCCUCUGAAGACCAUACCAUCAAGGUGUGGGAUGCGAGCAGUGGUCAAUGUCUAUGGACUUUGGCCGACCACACUGAGGGUGUUGUUUCAGUCGCCUGGUCAGAAGACGGGUCGAAGCUUGCAUCCGGAUCCAAGGACAAACUCGUUAAGAUCUGGGAUAUGGAGAAGGGCUCCUGUAUCGCAUCACUUGAGGGACAUGAUGAUGUAGUCCGCUCGGUAUCAUGGAGCAAAGACGGCUUCAAGCUUGCAUCGGCCUCUGAAGAUCAUACCAUCGCGAUAUGGAACCCUGACGGCGGUGAACCCGCCUUAGUGCUCAGAGGCCACAAGGACUGUGUCGGCUCGCUAUCUUGGACCGAAGAUGGAACUCGACUUGCAUCAGCUUCUCGCGAUGGAACCAUCAAGAUCUGGGAGACGACUGAAGGCAACUGCAUAUCCGAUCUUCCCAGUGAAAGCUUCUUCAUCCGACCAGUGACGUGGUCCAAGGAUGGAACUCUUGUGUCUACAUCAGACUUUCACAAGAGUAUCCAGAUCCGAGACGUGACGGACCAGAGCAAAGUCCUGCCAACACUUAAUUUCCGUCGUGAGGUCUUCUGGACCCAACUCGAUGAGACCGAACCUUACCAUUUGCACACUGACAUUGGUACCUUUGAUCUUAACCCUGUCUCUCGUUCCGAAGACUCGGUGUCUAGUUCUGAGCCAGUUGUUCCUAUGGGAUAUGGUAUUGAUGAUACUGGAUUGUGGAUUACUUUCCGUGGUGAGAAGUGUCUGAGACUUCCAUCUGAAUACAAGAUUGGGUGUUCUACAAUUCUCCCUGGUCGGGUUGGAAUUGGGUGUGGAUCUGGGCGCGUGUUGAUAUUUGGAGUCUCUGAGACUUCUUAA